AGGGAGGUCGUCAUUAAGGCACGUCAUCUUUUUUUCCCUUGGUAUGGGGGAUGACGGUGGUCUUCCUAAAGCAGGUAGAAAUCUCUGAUUGAAAUAGGGAGAGGUCUGCAAACAACCCACCAGCUGAUACGUGCAGGAUCUAAGGAUGCUGCCAGGGACACCAUCCAGGCCUGAUGCUUCAGAACAUAGAACAUUACAGCCCCUUUGGCCCAUGGUCUUCUAACCUCCUCCUAGAUCUAUUUAACCAAUUCCUCCACAUAACCCUGCCACCAACGUUUUACUUUCAUCCACAUGCCUCUCUAAGAGACUCUUAAAUGUACCUCUACCACCACUCCUGGCAGUGUGUUCCAUGCACUCACCACGCUGUGUAAAAUAAAGCUACCUCUGACAAAAACCUGGCCAUUAACCGGUCGCGCAUUGGGGAAAGGUGGGUUCACACCCCCCCCCCUUGGAAGACCGAUCUUACGCCUGCAAUGCAGCCGCCAGAGAGACCCAAGCUCUGAGCUGCGCUCUCCUGCUCUGUGUUGAUGCCGUUUGCCAUGUGUUGUCUUGGGUCUCGUUACAAAACCCUAAAAAUACGGCGACAGGCUCCGGGCUUGAAGAAAGGCGGGGGUUGCACUGCCCUCUCCGGCCUCUAGAUGGCCCUGCGACGGCCCUGCAGCAGGACGUCUUCCCUCUUCCUGUCCGGCCCCGCAGGGAAGCCGCAGUGGGCUGCAAGCGAGGGGCAUGCCGCCGGCUCCGAGCGCAGCGGCGCCGGGUGCCUGCAGAAGGCAGGGCUGGCGUGGGAGAGGUGAGACCGUCUGAGCCUGCAGCCUUUUUGCGUAACGAAACCAGCUAGGACAAGGUGCUGACAAACAACAGCACUCGACUCCUUAAUAUCAUAAGAUGCUGUGACUUUGGACCAGCCACUCGAUGAUUGACAGCUGCCUGCCGACUCUCCUGAAGCCCGAUUGGCUGUCGAGGUGCCGCGGACCCUCCUGCUCGAGGGCUUGCCGGCAUUGGAUCUGGCGGCGACGUGACCCAGUUGGUUCUUCGGAAGUCAAGAACCCUUGCAGUUAGAGCUAUCUUAUUAGGUGUUCGUAACAAAGGAAUAACAGUAACUAACUCUGUUGUCAUGAAGAAAGAAAGAUUAGGAAGAGAACAGCAGGAAAAGAAGAAGACAAAAAAAAACAAAGAGUCAUGCCAGGGCGGCCUGGUAACAUAGUGGUUAGCACAACAGUUUACAGUACAGGUGACCCGGGUUCAAUUCCCGCUGCUGCCUGUACACCCAGGCUCCUAUUUCCUCCCACAGUCCAAAGACUUACCUGUUAGCUGGUCAUUGUAAAAUAUCACGGUCGUCUUAUACUAAAAACUCGGAUCAACUGAGGCAGAGAAGAGACUGCCAAUGAGACAGGUUCAAUGGCGAGACACAGGCUGCAGAGAAGCCACGCAGAAAUCCAGAACUAGCUAUACUGAACAUUCUCUGAACUAUUACAGAUUACAUAAAUACAUAGGCAAACUUGGACUCUAAUCCAACACCUGCCAUGGCGCGGAUGCCCAUGGCGUUGGGUGGCAGUGCUGUCAGUGCCAAGACCAUGUCCUGCAGCCUGGACGCCCCUGCCAACGCCAUCAGCGUCUGCCGCGACGGCGCCCAGGUCGCGGUUGCCGGCCGCAACAUCUUCAAGAUCUACGGCAUCGAGGAGGAGCAGUUCACGGAGAAGGCGAACCUGCGGGUGGGACGCAAGCCCUCGCUCAACUUCAGCUGCGCCGACGUGGCCUGGCACCAGAUGGACGAGAACCUGCUGGCCACGGCGGCCACCAACGGUGCCGUGGUGACCUGGAACCUGGGCAGGCCGAGCCGCAACAAGCAGGACCAGCUCUUCAUGGAGCACAAGCGCACUGUCAACAAGGUCUGCUUCCACCCGCUGGAGCUGAACAUCCUGCUGAGCGGCUCCCAGGACGGCUGCAUGAAGUGCUUCGACCUGCGGAGGAAGGAGUCUAUCUGCACCUUCUCAGGUCAGUCGGAGAGCGUGCGCGACGUCCACUUCAGCGCCCGAGACUUUUUCACCUUUGCCGCCACCUUCGAGAAUGGCAACGUGCAACUGUGGGACAUGCGGAGGCCGGACCGGUGCGAGAGGAUGUUUACGGCUCAUAACGGGCCGGUCUUCUCCUGUGACUGGCACCCAGACGACAGAGGCUGCCUGGUGACGGGGGGCCGAGACAAGAUGGUGAAGGUAUGGGACCUGACCAGCUACAAAGCGCGGGAGAGCUACUGCGUGCAGACGAUUGCGUCCGUGGCCCGCGUGCUGUGGCGGCCCGAGCGCCGGUACCACAUCGCCACCUGCUCCAUGAUGGUGGACCACAACAUCUACGUGUGGGACGUGCGGCGGCCCUACGUCCCCUUCGCCAUGUUCGAGGAGCACAAGGAUGUCACCACGGGCAUCGCCUGGCGCCACGCCCACGACCCGCACUUCCUGCUCUCUGGAUCCAAGGACAGUACGCUGUACCACCACUUCUUCAGGGACGCCCAGCGCCCGGCCAGCCGGGCCGUCCCAGAGGGGCUGUCCGUCAGCCUCUUCGGCGACGUGGCGUUCGCCGUCAAGGAGAGCCUGUGCUCGGCCGAGGGGGCCCGCAAGCCCUACGGCCCCGACCGCCGCUACCCCUUCUUCUUCGUGCGGCGCCAGGACCCCGCCGAGCAGUUCACCAGCGUGUUGAGCGCCCUGAGUGUCUUCGAGUCGCGGCCAGGCGCCGCGGCCCCCGUGGACUGGUUCUCGCAGACGGCCUGCCAGUACUGCCUGAGCGGCGGCCCCCUCCCCGAGCUCUGCGACCGCAACGCCGCCGUGGCCCGGCAGCUCAGGCGUUACCAGGUGGCUCAGAUCUGGACCAUGCUGAAGAUCAUCUACGCUGGCGCAGGGGUCUGCGCCGCCGGGACCCCGGGCGGAGGUGGGCAGGGACCUGGCAAGACGGCACAUCCCCUCAGCAGCUUUACUAUGAAAGACGGCAACGCAGCAUUAGGAAGUGAAGCCAAGCUUGAGAGAGUCCGACUGGAAAAUCGUCAGGACAGCCUACCCCUGGACUUGACUGUUAUUUCGCUGCAGACUAACGAAGAUAACGAGGAGACAGAGGGCAGUGACGCACCAGCGGAUUACCUGUUCGGUGACGGUGAAGUCGAUGAGGACGAUUUCUUCAUUGUUGAUCACGAGAAUGCCCCAGCAGAAGAGAACGAGUUCAUUCUCCCGCAGGAGGGCUUCCCUCUGCGCCACGAGAUCCUGGACCACCCGACCAGCCUGGACCACUUCCAGGACAAGACCGACUCCCCCCACAUCAGCGGCAAUGAGGCGGAUUCGGUCUCCCUGACGCCAACCGAGGGCAUUUCCCUCGUCUCUGUCUCGCAGCCGCCCUUUGACCACAGUUUCCCCACCGACUACUUCAACCCCAUCGUGCGGGACAUGAUGCGCUUGUACGCCGAGCAGGGAGAUGUGCAGAUGGCGAUAUCAGUGCUGAUUGUGCUUGGGGACAGGAUCAGGAAGGAGAUCGAUGAGCAGACGCAGGAGCACUGGUACAUGUCCUACAUCGACCUCCUGCAGCGAUUCCGACUUUGGAACGUGGCCAACGAGGUGAUCAAGCUGAGCACGUGCAGGUCCAUCAAUUGUCUGAACCAGGCCUCGACCACCCUGCACGUCAACUGUAACAACUGCAAGCGGCCGAUGAACACCCACGGCUGGAUGUGCGAGAGGUGCCGCCGGGGAGCGAGCAAGUGCGCAGUGUGUCACCACGCGGUGAAGGGCUUGUUUGUCUGGUGCCAGGGAUGCACCCAUGGAGGACAUCUCCAGCACGUCAUGGAGUGGUUCCGACUCCACACCCACUGCCCGACGGGAUGCGGACACAUCUGCGAAUACGUUUAAGCUCUCUCCGGCCACUUUGCGGGAAGCCACAGAGACCCUGGGACAGGGGUGCCCCAAACCGGCCGGAAAUCAGGGGCACGGCCCAAUGGAACGUGGACGUUUAGAGUGGACAUGGACCCAGGAAGGACACCGCCGGAAUGGGACUGCACCGUGCUCUUUAUAAGGGGUGAGACUGAGCUAUUGAAGUGGGGAAGUUUAUUGCAAUAUGGUGGAUCUUCAGAGAGAAUGCAGAACAUGUGACAUAUUCUGGGCACCAGAGAGCAAUGGGUUUUAAUCACUGUGGGCUGGGAUGAAUUAGCCCCACUCACCCACCACACUCUAUAACCCGCCCUGCAACCAGUGGAUGGACUCCUGCUGGGGAUGGAGGUCCAGGACGAAAAGCUCAUUUUAAGUAAGAUUAUGCCAUUCCACUCGUGAGUAGUUUUGACAUAAUCCUGAAGAUUUGCACCUCCUCAUCCAGGAGAGGCAGACCCACCCUCACUUGGACGCUAGCCGCGGAACACAAAUCUCGGAGAAGUUGAAGGAGGAAUCUAGAGUGUUUCCUGGACAGUUUUCUACAGUGGGAUCAUGAUGACUGGGUUGUGUGGGUGUAUGGGGGGAGGGAGUGAGGGCGGAUUGAUACAGCAAAAUCCUGACUGUCUGCUGAUCUUAACCAUCAGCCCUUGGACAAUCUAACAGGGAGGAUGUUGCCUCUGGUGGAGCGAUGGCCCUGGAUGAGUAGGUGUGUUGACUGGAUUCAUUUUGCUAAUCUUUUGACUGAUGUAACAGUUCAGUCUGGGAUGAGUGGCAGUAGCAGGAGUUUGUCUGGUUGCUUAUGCAAAACCCGGUCCAGAAAAUUAAACCUAUAACAUCCAGUUUGCCACCUGAAGUUAAAAAAGACUCAAAUGAAUAUCUCCUGCAGCCAACAGAUCUGCAUCAGAGAGAACAACUUCAAGUUUAUUGUCUUUCAGCCUGACGUGUAUACUGCCAAAUGGACUAAUGUUCCUCUGGGAACAAGGUGCAAAUCACAGUACAUAUAUCACCUACAGUACGGUGCAAAAGCCUUAGAGUUUUUAUAUGGUUUCAGAUGGUAUGGCCUUCACAGAGCCCUGAUCUCAACAUUGUUGAGGCUGUCUGGGAUUACCUGGAGAGACAGAAGCAAACGAGACAGCCAAAGUCUGCAGAAGAACUUGGCAAGUUCUCCAAGAUGUCUGGAACAACCUACCAGCUCAUUUUCUCAUAAAACUGUACAUCAGUGUACCUACAGAAAUUGAUGCAGUUUUAAAGGCAAUGGUGGUCAUACCAAAUAUUGAUUUGAUUUAGUUUUUAAUCUGUUUACUGCUCUUUAUAUUAAAUGUUUUGAUAUUUAGAAACUUUUCAGUUCAUUAUUUUUGAAAGCAUCUUUGCUUUACAGAAUUUUUUUUACAUGUUGCUAAGAGUUUUGCACAGUACUGUGUAGCACGUAAAAUAACAUUAACACAAUAAUCGUAUUCUGUGCAAACUGGUAAAGUCAGACAGACGGAAGUUCCUUUUGCUAAGGAGAACAAGCCGGAGAAUCACCAUCAAAUGUCAGCGUUAGGCAGCGAACUCUUGUCAAUUGCUCUCAGUUACUGAGUAAUACAGAGGCAGGGAAACUUGGCUUCUAAACACUUUGUGUGGUGCUGGGGAGAGAGUCCAAGGCAUCUGCCUUUCCUUUAAAUGGAACCGAGACAAUACCUGGGUUUACGUGAAGUGGUUAUAUGAAGAUAGUCCCGUGGACUGACAUGGUGUUCACCUCAAGGCCUUGUUUCAAUCAUUAUGACAUUUUGCCUUUAAGUUAAGCAUUAGUCAUUUAAAGCACACUGCCUACCAUUAAACACAGCAGCAAUUUUGAGUUGCAAUGCCAUGAGAGGAAUUCACAGCCUCCCUGGGCCAGUAGGCAAGGAUCACAAUGGUGCCAGUUGAAAAGACAAUGAAGGUUCCUUCUGGUUUAAGGUGGCAGUACUGAAGAUGGGGCCAGCUUACUGGUGGUUCAUAAAGCAAAAAAAAAUACAAUUAAAUACUUUAUUAAUUUAAUAACACUUUGUGGUAAAUUAUCACCGCAAACGAAGAGGUGAGCGAAGGCAAGGCAGACCCGAGGGUCGAGGCGUGUGGGUGCGGAGUCAAGUCGGGGCGUGGCAUGUUCGAGGAGAAGUGGUCGGAGCAAGGUCAAGGUGGAGUUUCGGAGCCCAUCCACCUAAACCGGGAGCGAGGUUGGAUUGCUCUGAUCACUGAGCCGAUCUGAAAACGUUGAGUAUGGGCUGGAACGUGGUGGCAGGGUCUAGGCCAGAGUGCACUGAUGUGGUGGAGAGCAGGGGAUGACCUGGUGCUUGGACAUCGGCCCAGAUAGACUGAAAAGGCAGGGUAUUAGGACUGGAGGCGAGGGUCAGGCUGAUUCUGUGCAACUGCUCCAGGCUCGGUAUCUGAGCUUUGUGGCGAUUUGCCCUGCUGUGUGAUAAAUUGAGGCUGAGGCUAUGGGCCUACUCUGGUUGCUCUGGGCUUCGGGUCUAUGGGCUGAAUUUCAUUCUGAAUGCUGCUACUUGCUUUUAUUGUUUGCACGAUUUCAUUUUUCUGCCCCUGUCUUUGCGCAUUGGGUAUUAGUCUUUAUUCAAAUUGGGUUCUUUCGGAUUUGUUUGUUUUGUGCCUGCCUGUAAGCAGACGAAUCUCAAGGUUGUAUAAUUUAUACAUACACUGAUAAUAAAUGAACUCUGAACUUGUGAACGUCAUCAUCCGGCACAACCAAGCAUGUGGCAUAUCUUUGUUCAGAGAGGAUGAAAGAUUAAACCCAACUACAAACCAGUCACUUUUAUCACAGUGGCAGGAAAAGUUCCAGAAAAAAUCAGAAACAAAAUUAGUAGUUACUUUGACAAACUUAGAUUGACUAGAGAAGGUCAACAUCAAUGAGACAAAUCAAGUCUGAUGAAUUCAGUAACAGGGUCAAUAAGGGGAACACGGUCGAUGUAAUAUAUAUAGAAUUCUUAAAAGUGUUUCAUAAAGUGCCACUCUUUAGUUUUGUCAUCAAGACUGAAGCCCAAUGGUUUAAAGGGGCCGAGGCAGAAAGGGAAGAACAUUGGUGAAAUAAAAGCAAAUGUGGUAGUGAGACCAUAAGAUAUAGAAGCAGAAUUAGGCCAUUCGGCCCAUUGGGUCUUUCACCAUUCCAUCAUCAUGGCUGAUUUAUUAACCCUAUCAACGUCUGCUUUAAAUAUACAUAAUGACUUGGCCUCUACAGCCACCUGUGGCAACGCAUUCCACAGAUUCACCACUCUGGUUAAAGAAACUCCUCCUCAUCUCUUCUAAAUGGACACCCCUCUAUUCUAAAGCCGUGCUCUAGUCUAGAUAGACUCUCCCACUAUAGGAAACAUCCUCUCCUCUCCACAUCCACUCUAGGUAGACCUUUCAAUAUUUGAUAUUUCAAUGAGAUUUCCUCUCAUUCUUCUGAACUCCAGCAAAUACAGACCUAGAGCCAUCAAACACUUGUCAUGUUAUCUUUCAUUCCAGAUCAUUCACAUGAACAACCUCUGGACUCUCCAUUGCCAGCACGUCUUUUCUUAGAUAAAGGGCCCAAAAUUUCUCACAAUACUCCAAACUUGGUCUGACCAAUGCCUCAUGAAGCCGCAGCAUUACACCCCUGCUUUUAUAUUCUAGUCCUCUUGAAAUGAAUGCUAACAUUACAUUUGCCUUUCUUACCACCGACUCAACCUGCGGGUUAAACUUCAGGGAGUCCCGCACGAAGACUACAGAGUCUCCUUGCACCUCUGAUUUGUUUUAAAUUGUCCCUGGAGUUCCUGUCCUUUGACUGGGCACCUAACUCCCGAACUCUUUUUGCAGGACUUUGUCACUCUUCUUACCCGUGUCAUUGGUACUCACGUGGACCACGAUUUAUGGCUGCUGACUUUCCCACUUAAGAAUGCUGUAGACUUGAUCUGCGAUGGCCCCAACCCUGGCAUCUGGGAGGCAACGUACCAUCUGGGAAUCUUGUUGUUGUCCACAUAACCUCCUAUCUGUUCCCCUCACCACUGAAUCCCUUAUCACUAUGGUUUGCCUCUUCUUCCCCUUCCCUUCUGAGCCACAGAACAGGGUUCCAUGUCUCAAAGUUGCUGGUGAACGCAGCAGGCCAGGCAGCAUCUCUAGGAAGAGGUGCAGUCGACGUUUCAGGCCGAGACCCUUCAUCCU